GAGGGGGAGGUGGUGGAGGUGGAAGCUGAAGCAGAGCAAGAGGCGGCCGCGGCGGGGCGGCUCAGCGGCACGGCGCGCGGGCCAGAAGCGUUGGAAUUCUGAAUUGAGACGGCUACGCCUGAAGACAGCAGGAGUGGCGGGUCUGCCGCCGUCGCCAGAGAGAUGAGCCGGGAAGCCUGAGGCCGGAGACGCCCGCCCUCGGGCCCGUCCGUCCGGCUUCCCUUCUCCCGGCUACUGGAAGAUGAAGGAGACUAUACAAGGCACCGGGUCUUGGGGGCCUGAGCCUCCUGGACCUGGCAUAGCCCCAGCUUACUCAAGCCCUAGGCGAGAGCGUCUUCGUUGGCCCCCACCCCCAAAACCCCGACUAAAAUCAGGUGGAGGGUUUGGGCCAGAUCCUGGGUCAGGGACCACAGUGCCAGCCAGACGCCUCCCUGUCCCUCGGCCUUCUUUCGAUGCCUCAGCUAGUGAAGAGGAGGAAGAAGAAGAGGAAGACGAAGAUGAAGAUGAGGAAGAGGAAGUGGCAGCUUGGAGGUUGCCCCCCAGAUGGGGUCAGCUGGGAGCCACCCAGCGACCUCGCCCUCCCCGUCCUACUCAUCGAAAAACCUGCUUACAGCGCCGCCGCAGAGCUAUGAGAGCCUUCCAGAUGCUGUUCUACUCAAAAAGCACCUCGCUGACAUUCCACUGGAAGCUCUGGGGGCGUCAUCGGGGCCGGCGGCGGAGCCUCACACACCCUAAGAACCAUCUUUCACCCCAGGAAGGGGGUGCUACACCGCAGGUGCCAUCCCCCUGCUGUCGUUUUGACUCCCCUCGGGGGCCACCUCCCCCUCGGCUGGGUCUGCUAGGUGCUCUCAUGGCUGAGGAUGGGGUGAGAGGGUCUCCACCAGUACCCUCUGUGCCCCCCAUGGAGGAAGAUGGAUUAAGGUGGACUCCAAAGUCUCCUCUGGACCCUGACUCAGGCCUCCUCUCUUGUACUCUGCCCAAUGGCUUUGGGGGACCAUCUGGGCCGGAAGGGGAGCGAAGUCUGGCACCCUCUGAUGCCAGCAUCCUCAUCAGCAAUGUGUGCAGCAUCGGGGACCAUGUGGCCCAGGAACUUUUUCAGGGCUCAGAUUUGGGCACUGCAGAAGAAGCAGAGCGGCCUGGGGAGAAAGCUGGCCAGCAUAGCCCCCUGCGAGAGGAGCAUGUGACCUGUGUGCAGAGCAUCUUAGAUGAAUUCCUUCAAACUUAUGGCAGCCUCAUCCCCCUCAGCACUGAUGAGGUAGUAGAGAAAUUGGAGGACAUUUUCCAGCAGGAAUUUUCUACACCUUCCAGGAAGGGCCUGGUGCUGCAGCUGAUCCAGUCAUACCAGCGGAUGCCAGGAAAUGCCAUGGUGAGGGGCUUCCGAGUGGCCUAUAAACGGCACGUGUUGACCAUGGAUGACCUGGGGACCUUGUAUGGACAGAACUGGCUCAAUGACCAGGUGAUGAACAUGUAUGGAGACCUGGUCAUGGACACAGUCCCUGAAAAGGUGCAUUUCUUCAACAGUUUCUUCUACGAUAAACUCCGUACCAAGGGUUAUGAUGGGGUGAAAAGGUGGACCAAAAACGUGGACAUCUUCAAUAAGGAGCUACUGCUAAUCCCCAUCCACCUGGAGGUGCAUUGGUCCCUCAUCUCUGUUGAUGUGAGGCGACGCACCAUCACCUAUUUUGACUCGCAGCGCACCCUAAACCGCCGCUGCCCUAAGCAUAUUGCCAAGUAUCUACAGGCAGAGGCAGUGAAGAAAGACCGGCUGGAUUUCCACCAGGGCUGGAAAGGUUAUUUCAAAAUGAAUGUGGCCAGGCAGAAUAAUGACAGUGACUGUGGCGCCUUUGUGUUGCAGUACUGCAAGCACCUGGCCCUGUCUCAGCCAUUCAGCUUCACCCAGCAGGACAUGCCCAAACUUCGUCGGCAGAUCUACAAGGAGCUGUGUCACUGCAAACUCACUGUGUGAGCCUCAUAUCCCAGGCCUCAAGCCCAUUCCUUAAUGGGCAGGGGGACAUGGGAGACCCUUCCUUCCCAAGAAACUCCAAUUCCUUUCCUCACCCGCCUCUCCCCACCCAAUUCCCUUUGGUUUUUCAUAUUUAAAUGUUUUAAUUGAUUUCUGUAUUUUUUUCUUUGAGAGAAUACUUGUUGAUUUCUGAUGUUUAGGGGGUGGCUAUGGAAAAGCCCCUUUUCCCCUCUUGUCUGCAGGAGAGUAUGGCCUUGCAGCCUGCCUGGGGCAGUCAUCCCCCUUCCACGUGUGUGGGUGGGUCCAGGAAAAUCUGUGCUGGGGGUGGUGGGCGGGCAAAGGGAUUACUGCCUGCCAGAUCUUCAAACUUUUUUUUAUAUAUAUAUAUAAAUGCCACGGUCCUGCUCUGGUCAAUAAAGGAUCCUUUGGAGAUA